UAGGAAACACAUCCUAUGUAACACAUCGUUAUUAUAAACAAAAUACAAGUGGAUCGCGGAGAGACCCGUGUGGAGGCGAGGCUCGUCGAUACAGCAGGACCCGCAGUGUAUGGGCGAAGGGGCUUAAACUAGACAGCAUGAGCUCUAAGGGGGGUGGAACUGCCCUUACCCGCCGCAACUACAGACUUGCCUCAGACGCUGACAAAGCCAGAGCUACAGGCAUAGUUAAUGAAAAGUUGCUGAGUGACUACCUGCACCAUGUAUUCCCUUCCACCAAGCAGGGACCUGCGCUGGCUUCCCUCAGGAAACCCUUGGGCUUCCAGGACUUGGGCGCUCACAUGGAAAGAUUGCUGUCUGAGGGAGAACCCACUGAGGAGAGCAGAGACCAGCUUAUUGACGGGCGUUUGGGCCCUCAGACGGUUGUCUUGGAUCACACCAGUGGCUUUGAAGGACUUCUGUUUGUAGAUGAUGACCUACUUGGGGUCAUCGGGCACAGCAAUUUCAGCUCUAUCAGAGCUACUACAUGUGUAUACAAAGGGAAAUGGGCCUAUGAGGUGCUGAUCUCCUCACAGGGUCUGAUGCAGAUCGGGUGGUGUACCCUCAAUUGUCGCUUCAACCAGGAGGAGGGUGUGGGUGACACUCCUGACUCGUAUGCCUACGAUGGCAACAGAGUUCGGAAGUGGAACGUGACUACCACUAACUACGGCAAGUCGUGGGCUGCUGGAGAUAUUGUCAGCUGUUUGAUAGACCUGGAUGAGGGGACCAUAACGUUCUGCUUGAAUGGUCAGUCUCUAGGCACAGCCUUCUCCAACAUUAAGAUGGGUCCAGGCAUAGCCUACUUCCCUGCUAUCAGCCUCUCCUUCAAAGAGUCGGUGGCAUUCAAUUUUGGCAGUAGACCUCUCAGAUACCCUGUUGAGGGGUACCUGCCCCUCCAGAAUCCCCCUGCUGUCGACCUGGUGAAAGCACACAAACUCCUAGGCUACAUCAAGACUGUUCUGUCCACGGCAAUAGACACUCAGGAGGAGAGGUUAGUUGAGAAAGACUGCGCCUCUUGGAUGCUUCAUGGAGAACCCACCGUGUUGAUCACCCUGGCUCAUAUCUUUAACCACUUUGCUCCCCUUAUGUGUAAAGUUUACCUAGUAGAGGAUGUGCUGAUGAGCUUCCUGUUGGGUAUUCUGGAGGGUGGAGGUUCGGUUGACGAACAUCCUCUCAUACAGCAACUACUGGACCUCUUCUGGCUGCUCAUGGAGGACUACGAGGUGAAUGAGUGCCUGAAGCAGCUGAUGAUGUCAUUGCUAAGGGCCUACCGCUUCUCCCCAAUCAUUCCAGACCUUGGCUUCCAGAUCCACUAUCUGCGGCUCACGACAGCCAUCCUGCGCCAUGAAAAGUCCAGGAAAUACCUACUCAGCAAUGUCCUAUUCGACGUGCUCCGUUCGGUAGUGUUCUUCUACAUUAAAACCCCUCUAAGAGUGAAGGAAGCAGGGUUGGAGGAGCUCAUCCCUACCACCUGGUGGCCUACGCGCUUUGACAAGGAGGGGAAGAAUGAGCGGGAACCCAAAGAUGAGACCGCAGAUGAGCGGCUAAGGCGCCGGGCCUAUGAGAGAGGCUGUCAGAGGCUCAAGAAGAGAAUUGAAGUGGUGGAGGAGCUGCAGGUACAGAUCCUGAGAUUGCUGCUUAACAACAAGGACAAGGGGACGGGUGAGGCCUCUCGGUACAUAUUCCUGAAUAAGUUCAGGAAGUUUCUACAAGAGAACGCCAGCAACAGAGGGCACCCCACAGCGCUGUGUCCUCCAGAGUACAUGGUGUGUUUCCUUCACCGUCUGGUUACGGCCGUGAGGACCUACUGGGAUGAGGGCAAGAGGACGAGUCCCAGCAGCAUCAGCAGUGAAGAUGCCUAUGUUCCUCCCCAGCUAUUCUAUAAUGGGAAGGUGGACUACUUUGACCUGCAGAGACUGGGAGGCCUCCUGUCCCACCUGAAGAAAGCAUUGAAAGAUGACCUGGCCAGUAAAGCCAAUAUCAUCAUCGACCCUGCAGAAAUUCAGGCCACAUCUAUGGAUGAUUUGGAUGAAGAUGAGGAAAGUGGAGCUGCACAGAGACCGUUUGGUGCAACAGCUAUGGGAGGAGCUCUUGCACGGCCCAGUUGGCUGAGUUCUCCAACUCUGGGUCGGGCCAACCGGUUCCUGAGCACAGCGGCUGUCAGCCUCAUGACCCCCAGACGACCACUUGCACCACCUGAAAAAGUCAAAGUUCGUACCUUGGCUGUGGAACAGAGAACUGAAGAGGACAUCGAGGGAAGUCAUGGUAAUGAUGGCUUGUUGCUGGGGCGACCAUUGGAAGAGCCUGAUCAGCCGAUUGCAGAGAAGUCCCUGCUGGAGAUUGUUGAUGGGAUUGUGAUGAUGUACAACUUAAGCGUCCAUCAGCAACUGGGCAAGAUGGUGGUAGUCUCAGAUGACGUUCACGAGUAUGCAGUAGCGCUGAAGGACACAGAGGAGAAGAUAGCGCGAUGCCCUGCAAGGAGACCAGACAUUUUGGAUGAACUUCAGAAGAGCCAGAAGGUUUUUGCUGAGAAGCUCAACCACCUCAGUAGGAGACUAGCCUGGAUAAAUGCCACCAUCUACUCCAAGGAAAAGAUGUUGGAUGUGUACUGGCUGCUGCGUGUUUGUAUCCGAACCAUUGAACACGCUGACAACACUGGCUCAUUAUUUGCCUUUGCGCCAGAAUUCUACCUCAACGUAGCUAUGAAUGCAUACAGUGCCCUCAAGAAUUACUUUAGCCCUGCAAAUAGCAUGGAAGAACUUCCAGGCUAUGAAGAAACUCUCACUCAACUAGCUGCUAUCCUCGCCAAGCACUUUGCAGACCCACGUAUUGUUGGGACAGACAUCAAAGACUCUCUGAUGCAAGCGCUGGCCAGCUACGUCUGCUACCCACAAUCCCUCAGGGCAGUGGAGAGGAUUCCAGAGGAACAGCGUGUCGCUAUGAUGAGGAAUUUGUUGGCACCAUACGAACAGAGACCCUGGGCACAGACUAACUGGAUACUAGUCAGACUGUGGAGGGGCUGCGGUUUUGGCUACAGAUACACCCGUCUGCCUCACCUGCUGAAAACCAAACCUGAGGAUGCCAACCUGCCUAGCUUACAGAAACCCUGUCCAUCAUUGCUGCUCCAGAGGCACAUGGCAGAGCUGCUGAGUAUGGACAAAGAAAUGGCUGCCUCCUUCCUCAACAGUGUCCUCAAUCAGCUCAACUGGGCAUUCUCUGAGUUCAUAGGCAUGAUCCAAGAGAUCCAGCAGGCUGCGGAGCGUCCAGAGAGAAAUUUUGUGGACACACGCCAGCUGAAGGUGUGUGCCACAUGUUUUGACCUGUCAGUCAGCCUGCUGCGCGUGCUGGAGAUGACAGUCACCCUGGUGCCAGAGAUCUUCCUGGACUGGUCCCGCCCCUCUGCAGAGCUUCUCCUCAGACGAUUGGCUCAGCUAUUGAAUCAGGUGCUAAAUAGAGUCACAGCAGAGAGGAACCUAUUUGAUCGAGUUGUUAACUUACGACUCCCAGGGCUGGAAAGUGUUGACCACUACCCCAUCCUAGUUGCUGUCACUGGCAUCCUGGUACAAAUCCUAGUGGAAGGAGAGAGACAAGGGAUUUCUCGAGCGGCGUCAGUCCUGCUGUCCGACCCCUGCUUCCAGCUCCACUCUAUCCAGCAUCUUUUAGGGGAAGGAGGAGAGGCCUCCAGCUCCACAGCUACAACCACCCCCAACAUACCCCCAGUAGCAGAGCCCCAGGGGCCCACCGUGGUCCCGUCCAUCCCCCCUGCCGCUGGCGCCACAGGCCCUGCAGACCGCAAGCAUUUCUCCCUCCAUGCCUACACAGACUACAUUAGUGAGGAAGAAGAACGCAAAGUGGAGCGGAUGUUGGCUUUCCUCACUGAAGAAUCCAAGCAGGCUGCUGCCAGCACAGCUCCAACCAGUGAGGAGGACCUCUGCCCCAUCUGCUACGCUCACUCCAUCUCUGCUAUCUUCAAGCCCUGCUCACACAAGUCCUGCAAAGCCUGUAUCAACCAGCAUCUAAUGAACAACAAGGACUGCUUCUUCUGCAAGGCCACUAUCACUGGGGUCGAAGACUACAGCAAGCCUGCUGGCUCUUAACCCAUUGCUACAGGACUA